GCCUCCGCCCAGGCUGCGUUGCGGUGCGACUUGUGUCAGCUCGCUGCACACCGUCGUCCUCUGCGGCGAUCAGACGGGUGUCGGGUGUGGGGAGGAGAGCAUCGCACCGCUGCUGGCUCGGAGCCUGAGUGGGACAUCGAGAUGCGGAGACCUGGAAGAGAAGAGGCGGGCGAAACGGGCGAAGUCGUGGACUCGUUUGUGUGAGGAUUGGUAGUUGCGGUGGCUUUGCGUUUCGGACGUUGUACUCUCAACUUUGGCCGGCGAAUGGAGGCAGUCGAAGACGGUAGCUCGUCGAAAAGGACAGUGGUGGCAGCGUUACUGGGCAAUACAGACCGAACGUUGGUGGCGGCGUUAGCGAUCAGUGGAAGAAUGAGCCGGUGACGCCGGAUACGGUGAUAGUGGACUGGCACACUGUGGUGCUUUGUUACUGAGGCAUUUCUCCGUAUAAUCGAACUGACUGCUUGUGAUGCAUAGUUGCCUGCCUAAACCGUUCACGAUAUUGGAAUGAUUAGAAGGCUAGUCUCGUUAUAAAAGCACUUUGUGAAAGUGUGUAAGCAUAAGGGUGAAGGACCAUGCCGGGACUCGAAGACUCCUCCUCGGUUGAGGAUGUCUCCAAAUCGAUAGAGAAGUCCUCGGGUGCGUCAUCCUCAGAGGUCGUGGCCGAGAAGGGAAGCGCCAACACAUCCACCCAGGCAACCAGUGAAUCCCCCACGACGAGGACAUCGAGCAGGUCGUCCUUGACGAGUGUGUCCCCCUUGUCCACCCGAGCCAGAACGUGGACGGACGCCUCCCGUCCCAAACUGUCGCGGGAAACCUCACUGGCACCAUCCUCGGACGAGCGAAGUUCGAGUGUCUCUGCAAUGUCAUACGAAAGCAAAAUUCAGGCCAAUGCCGUGACUUAUUCCAAAGCAGCACACACAUCUUCGAAGAGGAGCGGAGAAGUGGAACAGUUCAUCGAAGAUCCCCAGGUUGAGGACUCCUUUUACAGCUGGGUGGUAGCGGCCGGCGCCGCACUGCAGUUCAUCCUGGUCGGCGGCAUCCACAAGUCCUUUGGCCUGCUGCUAGCAGCGCUAGUGCAAGAGUAUGGAUUCACCUCGGCGCAAGUGGCCGUCAUCCCGGCUCUGUUCUACUCGGGCAGUUUUCUGAUAGCGCCCGUCUGUGGCGCACUCUGCCGCCGCUUCUCCGAGCGAACCGUCGGCAUAGGCGGCGGCAUCUUGACGAUGCUCGGUCUGGCCUUCAGCGGCCUCACCAGCAACAUCUACGCGCUCUACGUCACCAACGGGGUCAUCUUCGGCAUCGGGCAGGGGUUCGCGAACCUCCCCGGCACACUGAUGGUGACCAAGUAUUUUGUGAAGCGUCGCGGCCUGGCCAACUCGAUCACGGCCGCGUCUGCCGCGAUCGGCGGCGUGUUCUUCCCGCUGAUGGUGCAGGGGAUGCUGGAGGAGUACGGCAUCCCCGGCACCUACCUGAUGAUGGGAGGAUUUCAGCUGCACACCAUCAUCUCAGCCAUGCUGUAUCGGCCGAUGGACAAGCAGCGCGAGAUCAUGCGCCUGGAACAAAUGCGGAACCGAAGACGGCAACGCCAGCCCUCGUUGCCUGUUGUGAAACUCCAACAGGCCGAUCCCGUGGCAGAGAAGCCUUCUCUACCGGACGAAGCUCCUUCCUCCGCACGGCUGUUGCCCCAAGGUUACGGAAUGGAAAAGCGCCCCUCGUUGGCAGUCUCCGAGAGCGCUGUUCGCAACCGAAGGCCCAGCGCCACGCUGGUGUCCUCGACCAUCAUGCUGAGUCAGCUGAGUCUGGCCGUGGAGCCUCCGGAGGCGCCGCGAUCGGCGGGCUGCUGGCAGCAGGUGCUCCGGUCCCUGGACCUCCAUCUACUGACGGACCCACUGUACGUCGCCUGUGUGACGAGUGUGUUCCUCUUCACGGCUGGCCUUCCGCACGUGUGUCUGUUGGUGCCGCGCUUCGGUCUGGAGAUUGACGUCAGUCGCGGUCAGACUGCCAGCAUGAUCGCCACGAUCGCUCCGAUCGACAUCGUCAGCCGUCUCUCGCUGGGCUUCCUGCUGGACCGCAACCUGUUCCACAAGCGCUACGGCCUGUUCAUCACGUGCCUGGUGGGUGGAACGGGCGUGCUGGCGCUCGUGUUCGUCCGCUCAUACGCCGAGUUGUUCGCCGCAUGCGCGGUGGUGUACGCCGCCGUCGGCUUCUACUUUGUGGUGACGCCCGUCAUGUACGCCGAGUACUACGGCGUGGAGCGUCUCUCGUCGACGCUGACCAUGUCGAACCUGUUCGCGGGCGUGGCCAACCUGACGGCGCAGCCGCUGGGCGGCCUGCUGCGAGACGCGGCCGGCACGUUUCGCACCGUGUUCGCCGUGCUGUCGGGCUGCAUGCUGGCCGGCGGCGCGCUGGUGCUGCUCCAUCCCUGCAUCGCCCGACGCUCCGCGGGGCGCCGUAACAAACAGGCUGAGACUGACGCCGCCUGAUGAUUGACCACAUGAUAAAGUUCGCCAUGUUUCAUUUGUGUCACGUUUGUAGGUAUUGAAGUGCAAUACAACAACCAUGAUGUUA